CGUUGAUGGCGAGCGCUUGAGAUUUCCACGAGACAUCCCACUGGGGCACAGGCCUUCUCAGAGGGCCGCACGAAGCAGCUGGGGGGCGACAAUGAGGCCGCUCUGGGGAGUCGUAGUGACCUGGAGUUUGCUGGCACUCUGUCCAGGCAGUGAGUCCCACUCCACUGCGGCACACCUUUGGCAGCGCCUCCGCCAGAUGACCUUUCUCGGCAGACAGCGUGACAGGCCGAGGCCCACGACGAGCAUGUUCGCGCUGGAGCCGGACCUUCGUGGUCCUUUCCUGUACGGUCGCGGCAACUUACCCAGGCUGCCCUGGCAGAAGCUAUACGUGUACAACCGGCCCAUGGGCUUCCGCCAGAGGCGCCGCGAGAACCCACCAUCCAUGCAUGGCAGAAAACUCACCAAGGUCAAGGUGGUCAAGAAGUUUGUGACCCAAACCCCCAUAGACACUAGUGGUGUCGUCUUUCUUCUAUCGCCGCAAAUGACCGCAACCCCGCCGUCGCUUCGAUGGACCAUGAAACAUCCUGCAUCUCUCUCUUGGAAGAUGCCGGCAGUCGUCUUACCCAGCAACCGGCAUCAGCCACCUCUCAAGAUGAAAGCAGCCCCAAGGCUCAAGAGCUGGCCACGGUCCCUCGUGUACUUUACAGGGGCGCAUUCCUCAGAUCCACGUGCCCAGGUGGUAGCUGGUUCUAGCAUGAAAGACAUCACCAUCAUCCACAACACCAGAAAGUACACUGUCAGUGCAAGCAGCAAAGCGCGCCUCAAGGGUCACCCAGGUCUCGUAGUCCAUGUUAAAGGGAUGGGAGUGGACACGAGACAGUAA